CAUUCCGGAGCAGGCUGCUUUGACUCCGACCACAGGCUGUUUUGUGCAGGCUGUCCCUCUCCUUCAAAAACGUGCAUCCCCUCCCCGAAGCAGCAGGCAGUGUGCCUCCAUUCAGCCACAUUUGGUAUGCAUGAGCACGGCUGCAUAGAGAGAGGAGGUGGCUUUCUUAAGAAGGUUCAGGGGCUCAGGCAAGGCUACUUGACUCGUCUUCCAAGUUCCAGGAAGCCUCUGCCCUAAUGGAAUUUGCAGGUGUGAAGAUGACCAUGGGAUGCCAGAGCCGUGGGUGACCGUUUAUUUUCUAGGCAUUGCUCAGGUUUUCAGUUUCUUGUUUUCCCGGUGGAAUUUGGAAGGGGUCAUGAAUCAGGCUGAUGCUCCUCGACCCCUAAACUGGACCAUCCGGAAGCUGUGCCACGCAGCCUUUCUUCCAUCUGUCAGACUUCUGAAGGCUCAGAAAUCCUGGAUAGAAAGAGCAUUUUAUAAAAGAGAAUGUGUCCACAUCAUACCCAGCACCAAAGACCCCCAUAGGUGUUGCUGUGGGCGUCUGAUAGGCCAGCAUGUUGGCCUCACCCCCAGUAUCUCUGUGCUUCAGAAUGAGAAAAAUGAAAGUCGCCUCUCACGAAAUGACAUCCAGUCGGAAAAGUGGUCCAUCAGCAAACACACUCAACUCAGCCCUACGGAUGCUUUUGGGACUAUUGAGUUCCAAGGAGGCGGCCAUUCCAACAAAGCCAUGUAUGUGCGAGUAUCUUUUGAUACAAAACCUGAUCUCCUCUUACACCUGAUGACCAAGGAAUGGCAGCUGGAGCUUCCCAAGCUUCUCAUCUCUGUCCAUGGGGGCCUGCAGAACUUUGAACUUCAGCCAAAACUCAAGCAAGUCUUUGGGAAAGGGCUCAUCAAAGCAGCUAUGACAACUGGAGCGUGGAUAUUCACUGGAGGGGUUAACACAGGUGUUAUUCGUCAUGUUGGAGACGCCUUGAAGGAUCAUGCAUCUAAGUCUCGAGGAAAGAUAUGCACCAUAGGUAUUGCCCCCUGGGGAAUUGUGGAAAACCAGGAGGACCUCAUUGGAAGAGAUGUUGUCCGGCCAUACCAGACCAUGUCCAAUCCCAUGAGCAAGCUCACUGUUCUCAACAGCAUGCAUUCCCACUUCAUUCUGGCUGACAAUGGGACCACUGGAAAAUAUGGAGCAGAGGUGAAACUUCGGAGACAACUGGAAAAGCAUAUUUCACUCCAGAAGAUAAACACAAGAUGCCUGCCGUUUUUCUCUCUUGACUCCCGCUUGUUUUAUUCAUUUUGGGGUAGUUGCCAGUUAGACUCAGUUGGAAUCGGUCAAGGUGUUCCCGUGGUGGCACUCAUAGUGGAAGGAGGACCCAACGUGAUCUCGAUUGUUUUGGAGUACCUUCGAGACACCCCUCCCGUGCCGGUGGUUGUCUGUGAUGGGAGUGGACGGGCAUCGGACAUCCUGGCCUUUGGGCAUAAAUACUCAGAAGAAGGCGGACUGAUAAAUGAAUCUUUGAGGGACCAGCUGUUGGUGACUAUACAGAAGACCUUCACAUACACUCGAACCCAAGCUCAGCAUCUGUUCAUCAUCCUCAUGGAGUGCAUGAAGAAGAAGGAAUUGAUUACGGUAUUUCGGAUGGGAUCAGAAGGACACCAGGACAUUGAUUUAGCUAUCCUGACAGCUUUACUCAAAGGAGCCAAUGCCUCGGCCCCAGACCAACUGAGCUUAGCUUUAGCCUGGAACAGAGUCGACAUCGCUCGCAGCCAGAUCUUUAUUUACGGGCAACAGUGGCCGGUGGGAUCUCUGGAGCAAGCCAUGUUGGAUGCCUUAGUUCUGGACAGAGUGGAUUUUGUGAAAUUACUCAUAGAGAAUGGAGUAAGCAUGCACCGUUUUCUCACCAUCUCCAGACUAGAGGAAUUGUACAAUACGAGACAUGGGCCCUCAAAUACAUUGUACCACUUGGUCAGGGAUGUCAAAAAGCGAGAGUAUCCAGGUUUCGGUUGGAUCUAUUUUAAGGGGAACCUGCCCCCAGACUACAGAAUCAGCCUGAUUGACAUCGGCCUGGUGAUCGAGUACCUGAUGGGCGGGGCUUAUCGCUGCAACUACACGCGCAAGCGCUUCCGGACCCUCUACCACAACCUCUUCGGCCCCAAGAGGCCCAAAGCCUUGAAACUGCUGGGAAUGGAGGAUGACAUUCCCUUGAGGCGAGGAAGAAAGACAACCAAGAAACGUGAAGAAGAGGUGGACAUUGACUUGGAUGAUCCUGAGAUCAACCACUUCCCCUUCCCUUUCCACGAGCUCAUGGUGUGGGCUGUCCUCAUGAAGCGGCAGAAGAUGGCCCUGUUCUUCUGGCAGCACGGUGAGGAGGCCAUGGCCAAGGCCCUGGUGGCCUGUAAGCUCUGCAAAGCCAUGGCUCAUGAGGCCUCUGAGAACGACAUGGUUGACGACAUCUCCCAGGAGCUGAAUCACAAUUCCAGAGACUUUGGCCAGCUGGCUGUGGAGCUCCUGGACCAGUCCUACAAGCAGGACGAACAGCUGGCCAUGAAACUGCUGACAUAUGAGCUGAAGAACUGGAGCAACGCCACGUGCCUGCAGCUUGCUGUGGCUGCCAAACACCGCGACUUCAUCGCGCACACGUGCAGCCAGAUGCUGCUCACCGACAUGUGGAUGGGCCGGCUCCGCAUGCGCAAGAACUCAGGCCUCAAGGUAAUUCUGGGAAUUCUACUUCCUCCUUCAAUUCUCAGCUUGGAGUUCAAGAACAAAGACGACAUGCCCUACAUGUCUCAGGCCCAGGAAAUCCACCUCCAAGAGAAGGAGGCAGAAGAACCAGAGAAGCCCACAAAGGAAAAAGAGGAAGAGGACAUGGAGCUCACAGCAAUGUUGGGACGAAACAACGGGGAGUCCUCCAGGAAGAAGGAUGAAGAGGAAGUUCAGAGCAGGCACCGGUUAAUCCCCCUCGGCAGAAAAAUCUAUGAAUUCUACAAUGCACCCAUCGUGAAGUUCUGGUUCUACACACUGGCGUAUAUCGGAUACCUGAUGCUCUUCAACUAUAUCGUGUUAGUGAAGAUGGAACGCUGGCCGUCCACCCAGGAAUGGAUCGUCAUCUCCUAUAUUUUCACCCUGGGAAUAGAAAAGAUGAGAGAGAUUCUGAUGUCAGAGCCAGGGAAGUUGCUACAGAAAGUGAAGGUGUGGCUGCAGGAAUACUGGAAUGUCACGGACCUCAUUGCCAUCCUUCUGUUUUCUGUCGGAAUGAUCCUUCGUCUCCAAGACCAGCCCUUCAGGAGUGACGGGAGGGUCAUCUACUGCGUGAACAUCAUUUACUGGUAUAUCCGUCUCCUAGACAUCUUCGGCGUGAACAAGUAUUUGGGCCCGUAUGUAAUGAUGAUUGGAAAAAUGAUGAUAGACAUGAUGUACUUUGUCAUCAUUAUGCUGGUGGUUCUGAUGAGCUUUGGGGUCGCCAGGCAAGCCAUCCUUUUUCCCAAUGAGGAGCCAUCAUGGAAACUGGCCAAGAACAUCUUCUACAUGCCCUAUUGGAUGAUUUAUGGGGAAGUGUUUGCGGACCAGAUAGACCCUCCCUGUGGACAGAAUGAGACCCGAGAGGAUGGUAAAAUAAUCCAGCUGCCUCCCUGCAAGACAGGAGCUUGGAUCGUGCCGGCUAUCAUGGCCUGCUACCUCUUAGUGGCAAACAUCUUGCUGGUCAACCUCCUCAUUGCUGUCUUUAACAAUACAUUUUUUGAAGUGAAAUCGAUAUCCAACCAAGUGUGGAAGUUUCAGAGGUAUCAGCUCAUCAUGACUUUCCAUGAAAGGCCAGUUCUGCCCCCACCACUGAUCAUCUUCAGCCACAUGACCAUGAUAUUCCAGCACCUGUGCUGCCGAUGGAGGAAACACGAGAGCGACCCGGAUGAAAGGGACUACGGCCUGAAACUCUUCAUAACCGAUGAUGAGCUCAAGAAAGUACAUGACUUUGAAGAGCAAUGCAUAGAAGAAUACUUCAGAGAAAAGGAUGAUCGAUUCAACUCGUCUAAUGAUGAGAGGAUACGGGUGACUUCAGAAAGGGUGGAGAACAUGUCUAUGCGGCUGGAGGAAGUCAACGAGAGAGAGCACUCCAUGAAGGCUUCGCUCCAGACUGUGGACAUCCGGCUGGCGCAGCUGGAAGACCUCAUCGGGCGCAUGGCCACGGCCCUGGAGCGCCUGACAGGUCUGGAGCGGGCCGAGUCCAACAAAAUCCGCUCGAGGACCUCGUCAGACUGCACGGACGCAGCCUACAUUGUCCGUCAGAGCAGCUUCAACAGCCAGGAAGGGAACACCUUCAAGCUCCAAGAGAGUAUAGACCCUGCAGAGCAUCCUCUUUAUUCAGUAUAAGCCGGCAGCAAGCAGUUCUACCUAACGUCCCACAUCCUUCUCAUGCCAACACUUCUGUAAUUGAUCAUUAUAAAGAAAAAACAAGGUAACAGUCAUAGUUCACCUGUCUCUUAUCUAUUCACUUCUGGUGCCACAACUGUUUAUCCUUUUUUGAAGAAAAUAAGGGAACAGAAAUGCCUUUUUGUAUUGCAAUCGAAAUGAAAGAAGAGUUGAUGUUAAAAAAACAAAAGUCAAGUGAUUUAUUAUACACAGUGGGCGUUCAAGUCUAGUCAAGCAAGCUCAGGAUGAAUGUAAUUAAAUAAUUUUAUAUUUUUUAAUUUAUUUUGUAUCUCACCUGUCAUCAAUGAAUUCAUUCACUGAAUAUGUAAUAUUGAACUUAAAAAAAAAAAAAAAAAACACGGUGGACAGAACUAGCCUGAAAUUGCCAUGUGGGCUGUUCUGUUCUCACCGUUUAUGUCGUGUGUUGUGCUGCUGUGUGACCGUCAUCAUUUGCAUGGCUCUACCACGUCCUCCUGAACACCUCCAAGACGUAACUGCCAAUUUUUCACACCACUCAUCACGUGACCAUUUUGUAUAUGAAUAUAUGGUUAUAUGUGGAUAUUUUCAUACCUAGAGUUUUGCCAUCUAAUCUGAGCUCAGCAUAAAUUUAAUUGGAGUUUUUCAAGGGCUGGUAUCUUUUCUAUGGAAAUGUUCCAAAGUACUUUUUAAGGAAGUUUCAAAACUAUAAAUAACCCUAGAUUUGACUGGGAGUUUGGUAUCAACCCAAAGCCAUCAGUUGCAAGCAUACCAUGAAUAUUUUUCUUAUAGACAGAGCUAUAAAAAAAGAUACAGUAGACCAAAAUAGAAAGCAAAUAAACCAUAUAAAGAGUUCUAUAGUAUAUGCCACUUAUACAAAUGUAUAUGCAUUUAUGCAGAGACACAUAUUUAUAUAUAAAAUAGAUGGACAUAAAGAGCUUUCUUAAGAGGCUUGGACUUUUCUAUCACCUUGAAGUAUAAUCCAGAUUUUUUUUUUAAUAUACAAGAAGUUCCAUUGAAAGAGCUCAUUAUACUAUUAGACCAAAUGUUGAAAUUAUGAUUUUUUAAAAUUCCUAUGACUUUUCCUCAUAUCAAACUAGAGUUGUCAAAACGACUCACUGCUUGCCUCCUGCCCUUUUUUGUCUGAAAUCACUCACUAUCAGGACAUCUUAUUUAUUCUGGCUUUUCCUAAACAAAGUUUUUACACCAAGUACAAUCUGAAUAGACACGCAACUUUAAACCAGCUAGUGUUACAGACUCUAAAGUAGAGGCAUCAUCUUCUAGAUCAGAAUCUGGAUUGGAAGUGGGACAAAGAAAUCUUGACCCCAAAUCUUUGGAUUCCCAUUUGGCUCAUUAAUGUUUAAAAAAGAAUAAAGCCUUUAAGGAAAACAACCUAUUGUUCCUGGCCUGAGAUACUACCUGUUUCUUUUGUUUAAUUGUAAUUGAAAACACCAAGUUUUACUGCAUUUUGUGAAAUCAAGUAAAUACAUGGUCUUUAAAUAUAAGAUAAAAAACAAAAUAAAAACUCUUCUGAAUAAACAUUUCAGGUAUAAAAAGUGUGAUGAGGUCACAUAUGUAAAGAAUUAAACUAUUCCUUUUUCACUCCUUGGCAUUUAGGUGAAUUGGUAACAAACACCCAGACUCCCUUAUUUACAGCGGUUCUAGAAACACUUAACAUUUUAUUGGGCCCCACACUGGCUAUUUCCCUCUCAGCAAACAUGCACUGGGUCUGAGAAUAAAUCGGUUGUGUUAAACUUCCUUGAGUUAUGAAUUCCUAUGAGGAUCUGAUGAUAACUCUAGGCUCUGUCUCCAGAAAGAAAAAAAAAAUGUACAUACAUGCGAAGUUGCAAUAUAACUUGAAAGGGUUCAUGAGCUCCUGGUUCCCAUAUUGAUUGAUAAUGAGGAAAAGGAACCAUGUUUGCUCAUAGUUAAUACAGUUGUAAUAGGCACUUUACAUUUGAGACCAUCUCUCUGUGAUUCUCAGGAAGGCCAAAUCUCAGCACCAGAGUUUGAACCAAGAUUUUUUAUUUUUGUUCUUUAAAUUAGAUGUUGCCAAUUUAAUGCACUUACAUCCUAACAUGUUGAUGAUUUUAAGUAUCAAGCACAAUCACAAUGCUGAAGGCUCCCUGAAGGGUCUAUAGAGGAAUCCAAGAAGGAGGUGAAAACACUAUUCAUUGACAUCAAACACCUCCAAGGCCUCAUUCUGGGCCAGAUUGGAAGUGAGGGAAAGAAAUUUUGAGCGCAAGUGUUUCCAUUCAUCGUGAUUUCAGAGAGAAAAGUAUAGGAACUGGGAAACUAAAUAGUCAACAGUCCUGAUCGUGCAAUUACCUGAUUCUUUUGUUGUGCAUGAAAAUUAAGUUCUAACGUUUGUGAAACGUGUGAAAUAUAUAAGCCAAACUUAAAUGACUGUAGACACAAACUGUGUAACUUCCAUGAGCCAUUUCCUUCCUGUGCACAUAUAUGUGUGUUAUUUUUCAGUCCAUUUCCUUCCAUUUCCGGGUUCUCUGUGCACCGAUGUGGCAUUGAUUCUGUGGCUUUGUGCAGUCAGCUUAUGCUCAGCCCAUUGAUUCCACCACAUCCCUGAUCGAGGGGACGUUAAUUACCUGUCUUUGUGAAUUAAGCAGUUUAUGAGCAGCAAGUUACUGAGGACAGUAAAUAAAGUCAUAGAGAGCUCAAGGAAGUAAUAGCUUUGGUUUAAUCAUCUGCUUCAAAGGUGCCAAUUUUUAUAUACUACUAUAUGUAAUGAUUUGUUCUAAAUUGCUUGUUCCUUUUGAAAAAAAAAUUAAGGAUGUUUUAUGAAAAUGACCAUGGAGGUCUCCUGCUUAACCAGUAUACUUUAUAUUUAUAGUUAGAGGGCCCCUCCUUGAUAGAUUUGAAUGAGGAGCUGGAAAGCUUGGGUACAAUUGUCAAGACUAGUUUGUGUUAUCUCUGCAAGCCAAAAGGUGUAUUAGCAGUCAGAAUACAGCACUUUACAGAACUGGAUUUUUUAAAUGUCUAAGUUUCCAGGUCUAGGAUAUUAUUUAGCACUUUGAAAGUUCCCCUUUUAAAAUAUAUAUAUAAGAAUAAUCAAAUGAGAAAAAUGUACUGAUAAAAACACAAAAUGUGUUUCUUCUGAAUGUUUCAAAUGUAUUCUAAAAUAUGGUUUCUGUAGAUAAUAUUAUGGUAGAUAACUGGAUAGUACUUUUCUUUUUUACUUUCUGAGUCUGUACAGUCUAAUCUUCCUGAAUGUUUGGGCUGUUUAAUUUCUUUAAAGAUGAUAAAUAUUAUCCAGUCAUCCAUCAUGCUCUAUCUAUAGGCUAUACCAUUCAUAUGUUGGGCAAUGCUGUAUUAUAAAACACAUGUAAACAUGUAUGUAACCCAUGUUUAACCCAGCAUAGUUGUAGCAUGUGGUUGUAUUAAUGAACGUUACAGGAGAGCUUUAUAAUCAUUUAUAAAUCUGUAACAUUCAAUAAAGAAGCACAUGUUGCAAUGAUUAAUAUGUUCCCAAUUCCAUGUUAUUUAGCAUCUUUGUGAACUGGACAUUUUUGUUCCUGAUCUGCUUGAUGCUUUUCAUGUUCCUGUAAACCACUGUAAAAUAUGUGUGUAAGGUGAUGUAUAUCCUCUAAUGAGUCCUGCGAGCUGUGGUAGGCAAGUUGUGAUUUUGUGAAAGGUGAACUGGCAUGUUAUGCAAAAGACUAUAUGGCAAAUGAACUUAAAAUGAUAUUUUAAACUCCAGUUGAAUUAGCUGUUUGUUUACAUCUGCCAACCCCAUGCAGAAGCAGUGUACAGUAUUUUAUAAAUAUGUUCAUUUAGUAACACUAUGUUGUUUCUAGAUAAAGUGAUACUAGUGUGUAGGUGGUUAUAUAUUUGGCCUAGAUAUUGCAUUAUAACUCACUAUCCUUUAACAAUAACAAUGUGACUUAAAUGAAGUAAUCUCUCUCCAAACCCGGUCUUAAUUUUGUGUCGACAAAAUGCAUGCACUGCUUUAUGCAUUUCUUUUGACUUUUCUAAGGCACUUAACAUUUUACUAUUGCCUGCUGUGACACUUAAGCCAGUUAGGAAUUCACUCAAACAGUUGGGCUUCUUACUAUGGGAAUUAUGUUCAGUUUUGAAAAAUUAAAAACAAAAAAAAAAGUAACCAAGGAAUUUUUAAAUCUUUUUUUAAGCACUGAACAAAUAAUAUGAAAUAAAGUAUUAACUGCAGGUUGUAUAGCCAUGGGACCCAGAGAUGGCAAGCCAACACCUCUUGGGUCUGCCAAGGUCUACGUGUUGUGCAUCUGUGAUAUAUGCAAGACACAUUUCUGAUUCUUCAGAGCUACUGGGUGCAAAUUGCUAAGCCAGAGAUGAGAGCGAAAAGUCCAUUUGUGAUAGUGCAGAAGUGUGCAGAUCGCUGUGAAUGUGUGAUCCAAUGAUAUGACAAGAGACCUCCCUCCUUGUCUUGUGGCUUCUUCACCUUGUGGAUGAGCCUAGCCUGGGGUUGGGAGGCGUGUGUUUGGGUGUCUGAUGAAGCACUGGGUGGUUCUAAAGAGUUUACUCUUUUAGAAAAAUCACCAUUACUAGAAGCCAUUCAACAUCUGGAAAAGAGAGGAGCCAAUUUGCACAGUUUUGAAAAUGACUGCUCCUAAAAUGAGUAGAGAAAACUUUCCUCUCAGCCUGCAUUGACCUAAGCUUUCUCUUCUUUUUACAAGUUGGAUAUUCUGUCUCUCAGAUUGGAGUCAACCAAAAGAAAGGCUGGUUCCAAUUAAGGAAAAGCAAUUUUUUUCUUUUCUUUAAUUCCUCUCAGAAGGUAGUUGUUACCUUUUCUCUGAUGAUUUCCUUGCACUCAUCACUGCUAAUGAAAGCAACAUGUGACUGUUUCUACAGGUCAUCUAAGAGAGGAUUUUGGUGACCAGGUAAUCCAGAUGACAAUAAGAAUGAGGAGAAUUUUCCCUUCCUUACCUUACCUAGUCUACCGGCCUCCUUAAACCUGCAGGCCUUUGUGCAUUUGCACAAUGUUUUGUGCUGGAAACUGAAAAGACAUGUGUAUGGCUAGGAGUCCAUAGGCUUUGUAAAGAGUGUCAGUGCCAAUCAGGACCCAUAUCUUCCUCUGGAGGAGACAGGUGGCUGAGGCCUAUGGGGCAAAGGGGGAAAUUCAGCCUCGUGCCUGGAUGUGCAGCUUUCUUUCUCCCCUCUACUUGCUUCUCUUCUCUUAGUCCAAGACUAGCUGCUUUUUCACCAGACGAACAGACCCUUGCCCCCAUUACCUUUAUACCUUGUUGACCCUGGCACAGUAAGCUGAAACAGUGGCCACUUGGAAAAAGGCAAACAUUUAGACUUUGUCCCAGGCCUGAUCUUCCCACCAAUUUACCCUCCACCUGCCUCUAUCCCGGCUGGUGUUCGCAUUGACCUCGUCCAAUUUUUGCCUCUCUAAAUCUCAAGAGCAUCUCACCGCAGCUUCCCACACAUCAUUAAAACCAGCCAUCUGCACAUAGAUUGAGAGGCUGCAAAUUCAAACACAUGGAGGGGCCAGAUCCAGAAAACACAAAUGUGUGAACUGGACUGGUGAAAGUCAACAGAAGAAGUAGGGUUUGUAAGUAAGGCAUGACAGAAUACACAUCCCACCACAAAGACAUUCAAAUUCAGCUUUCCAAACACUGUGCUAGCCAAGCAAACAUGUCUGCCAGCAGCAUUCAGUCCCAAAGGAAAUAGUUUGGGACCUCUGAUUUAGAGCCAACAGGAUCAGAUUCUUGAUUGUGACUUGGUGAGUGUACACAUAAAAUACACUGAGAACUGAGAGGGGGAAAAAAGAAACUCGCCUUAUUUAGAGUUACUCUUGUUCUGAAUGAUAUAUGCAUGUAUAUUUGUUAGCCACAUAAUUCUAAACUUGAACACAGAGUCUUUGUAAGAGAGAUUCAGCAGAAGAGUACCAUAGCAUGGUAUGAAGACUUACCUGCUUCCUGUCACUACUGCUACUGACCUGAGUUUAUAUUGCUGCUACCACUGUGUAAAAACAGUACAUGCAGUAUACUGUACUCGUAGCCAUUUCAUAAUAUAGGACCUAGACUCUCAUUUGUAAACGUUCUAACCCUAGUUUAUAAUGGGGGAAAUUAUUCAGAUACCAUUUUUAAAUGAAUUCCUACAAAUACAAUGGUUUUGAAAUUGGGUUUGCUAAAUAUAUAUACAUCUUUUCCUCGUGUAUGGAUAGACCACGGUAUGCAUAUCUAUCGAUACUAUAAAUAUAUAUAAAACCUUAGAAGAAUUGUUCUUUUUAAAGGUCUAUUAUUGGAUUCACAAUGCACUUUGAGCUUGAUUGUUUAGAUAUAUAAUCCAGAGCAGAAGUUGACAGAUACCAUGGGAAAAACUUUCUGAAAUUUCUGUAACAAAUGUUUUGCAAUUAAAAAAAAAAAAAAAAAACUCAGUAGUUUAAAACAUGACUUGGACUUCCUUGUGCACUUAUUUGCCGCCAUCUAAUCUUCACCAUCCUCAUGCUAAGAACUUUUGGAGUAGAGAUAAUUGCCUAGGGCUCCACAAAUUACUUGUUCCAGUGAGCAGAAGUUGCAAACUGGUAGCCUGUGGGUCAUACCUAACCAGCAGGAGAAGGGUAUUAUUGGCCAGCAAUUUUUUUUUUUAAUUUGGAACAUUUAAAAAUGGAGGCUGGGCACAGUGGCUUACUCCUGUAAUCCCUGCACUUUGGGAGGCCAAAGUGGGAGAAUCCCUUGAGAUAAGGAGUUCGAGACCAGCCUGGCCAACAUGGUGAAACCCCAUCUCUGUUAAAAAUACAAAAAUUAGCCGGGUAUGGUGGCACAUGCCUGUAGUCCCAGCUACUCUGGAGGCUAAGAUGGGAGGAUUGCUUGAGCCCAGGAGGUUGAGGCUGCAAUGAGCCCAGAUGGCACCACUGCACUCCAGCCUGCCUAGUCAACAGGUCGAGACUCAGACUCAAAAAUAAAUAAAUAAAUAAAUAAAUAAAUAAAUAAAUAAAUAAAUGACAGAUUUCACGUCUAAUUCCAGAUUUCCAGCUUCUUUUAAAAAACCUGAAUAUCUGGUAAUAUGAGACCCGUGUUUUCAUAUGACAAUAAUCAGCUGAAUCAUGGCAUCUUGGGUGCUCUUUUAGAAGGAGCCUGUACUCUCUAAUAUACCACAGUCCCCACCAUUCUCAAGUUCCCUUUACUCAGAGCAUUACACCUGGAUGGCCCCUAUAUGCACUGGGAGGAUGAAAUUCAGCCCUUAACAGUGGGUCAAUUUGUGAGUGGAAAUGUAGUGGUCUUUUACAAUUUUAAUUUCUUUUAAGGUAAAGGAAUCAGAAUACAAGAAUCAACUGGAAACAACAUAUGUGUUGGUCAACAGGAGAAAAUAAUUGAUUAUGAUACAUAAUUAAAAAUAAUUAAAUUUUGUGUAUUGACAUAGAUGUCAUUGAUAUAUUAUUAAGUCUAUUUAAAAAGAAGUACAGAGAAGCAUAUAUGGUCUGUCUCAGUCCAUUUGGGCUGCUAUAACAAAAUACCUUAGACUGGGUAAUUAAUUUAUAAAAAGAGAAACUUAUUGCUUACAGUUCCGGAGGUUGGGAAGGCCAAGAUCAAGGUACCAGCAGACUCGGUGUCUGGUAAGGGCUUGCUGUCUGCUUCACAGAUGGCACCUUGCUGCAGCCUCACAUGGGGGAAGGGGCAAGGGAGCUUCCUUGAGCCUCUUUUUAAAGGACACUAAUCCCAGUCGUGAUGGUGAAGCCUUCAUAAAUUAAUCACUUCCCAAAGAUCCCUAAUACUAUCACACUGAGUAUUAGUUUCAAAUGUGAAUUUUAAGGUGACACCAACAUUCAGACCACAGCAUGUUCUAAUAUCACUUUUUGUAAAAAUUAAACCAGGCAUAUAGAUUAUGGAUAUAUUUGUAUAUGAAUAGUAAAAGUCUAAAAGGAUAUCACAGAAGAGAAUAAAAUUUUUGCAACGGAACUUUUUUUUUCCCAAAAAUUUAAAUGCUGUGUAAGGGCAACCUAAAGUGACCCAAGCAAAGUUAAUACAUGUAUCACUAGACAUCAACCAGGAGGAUUUUCUUUGCUUUCUUUCUCCUCAGAAACCUGUUGUAGGUAUUGUGACAAUAAUCAUAAGCCUUAUAAUGGCAGGUCAUCUUCUCCCAGGUAUGGUAAAGCUGAAAUAAAAGAAAAUAAAAAUGGUAGCAAUGGUUUAACUAUUAAUGUUGGGAAAUUAUAAUUUUAGGCAUAAAUAUAAUCAAUGCCUUUUGAGCAGCUACUUUGUUCCUCUAGAAGAACUGAAAAUUUUAUUAAAAAAGCAAGACAGUCAUGACUAAAAAGAUAAUUACAUGUUUUAGUUAUUUAAUUAGAGCUGUUGAAAAAAUGGGGACGAGCAGCCUAAGUUUAGCUCAUCAACACUAAAACUAUUCAAGUAGAAGCAAAAUAGCCACCAGAAAGGCAGCGUAUGGAUGGUUUCCCACAUUUGGGUUGGAAAUUGGACUAAAAAAUCUGCGCUGAGACUCUGUGUAGAACAGACUCAAAAUCUUCUUAGAAUAAAAGGAAAGAAUGAACAUUUGUAGCCUAGAAGGGCCUGAAGGAAUCGGGCAAGACUAAAGAAGCCAGGAGGUAGAGUCUGGAGUCCCAGGCAAAAACAAAGGUGUAGCCGCAAGAAUAAUUGAGGCAGGCCGGGCGCGGUGGCUCAUGCCUGUAAUCUCAGCACUUUGGGAGGCCAAGGCGGGCGGAUCACCUGAGGUCGGGAAUUCGAGACCAGCCUGACCAACAUGGAGAAACCCUGUCUCUACUAAAAAUACAAAAUUAGCCAGGCAUGGUGAUGCGUGCCUGUAAUCCCAGCUACUCAGGAGGCUGAGUCAGGAGAAUUGCUUGAACCCGGGAGGUGGGGGUUACGGUGAGCCGAGAUCACGACAUUACACUCCUGCCUGGGCAACAAGAGCAAAACUCCACCCCCCAAAAAAAAAAAAAAAAAAAGAAGAAUUGAGACAAAUGCCUGCGCUCCAGUUGGAAACCAACCUAACAAGAGCAGAGGAUUCACAUUGGAGAUUUGCUGGAAAGUAUGGCAAUCCCUUAUAUUCAUUUAAUCUCAACACAUUUAUGAGACUGCCAUUAAUAUUUGCAUGUCCCAGAUGGGAAAAAAUGGGGUUCAUUAUUUUAUUAUUUUGAGACAGGGUCUCACUUUUUUGCCCAGGCUGGAGUGCAGUGGCACAGUCUCGGCUCACUGCAACCUCUGCCUCCCAGGUUCAAGCAAUUCUCCUGCCUCAACCUCCAUAGUAGCUGAGACUACAGGCACAUACCACAAGGCCUGGCUAAUUUUUGUAUUUUUAGUAGAGUUGAGAUUUCACCAUGUUGGCCAGGCUAGUCUUGAACUCCUGACCUCAAGUGAUUUGCCCGCCUCAGCCUCCCAAAGUGCUGGAUUACAGACCUGAGCCACUGCACCCAGCCGCAUCAUUUUAUACGUCAGUGGUAGAGUUUGAAUGUUAUUCUGUGAUGAAAAGAAAGCAACUGAAAAAUUCUGGUCCAAAAUGUGGGCUGUAACAUUAUGGCAUGGCAAGGGAGAGGGUAGGUACAGUGAGACUAAUUGCAGGAUUCCAGGCUCCAGGUGACAAAACCUUAUAGAUGAAAAGACACUUUGGAGAAAUUUCACAACUCAAUUCAGGAAAUAUUUCUUGGAUAUCCACAAUUUGAAAAACACUUGAGUAAGUGCUAGUACCUUCUAUGUGAAAUGUCAGCCUCUUACUCAAUUUCCUGGUGAACAAUUAGUCAUAUUUCAUAGAGGACUAUUUUUCAGUGUAUGAGCAUAACUUGAAAUGCCUCCUUUCUGGCAGUUAUUUUGUGCAAUAUGGAAGAGCUCUAUACCUUUGGCUACACCCUUAGAGAAGGAGGCAUUGACCCAAGAACACCAAUCAGAGUUUUUUCUUUGAGGAUUUGGAAUAGAGUUGAGAGAGCUGAGCAAUUCUGGGUAUUGAAACCAUAACUUAUAGUCUCAGGAAUUGUCAGCAAUCAUGUUUCUACAUACUGGCUGACUUGCAUAAGAAGUCAGUCUGCCAAAAAAGAAAUGAAUAAAGACACAGAGACAGAGGCAGAUAUAUGAAACGAAGUUUCUAGGCUCUUCCUGGAACAUGGCUAUCAUCUCACAUUUGAUGUCUAAAGCCAUAUCAGUAUCUUUAAAAUAAAUUAUCUCUUUAGUAGGCUGAAUAAUGGCCCCCAAAGAUGUCCCUGUCCUAAUCCUCAAAAAUCUGUGAAUGUUACCUUAUAUGGAAAAAGGGAUUGUGCCAAUGUGAUUAAGAAUCUGGAGAUGGGUAGAUGAUCCUGGAUUCUCCAGAUGGGUCCAGUGUAAUCACAAGAGACUUGCAAAAGUGAGGCAGGAGGAAUCAGAUUCAGAAAGUAGACUGUGUGACAAGAGAAGCAGAGAUUGAAGUAAUACAAUGUAAAGAUGGAGGAUGUGGCCACAAGCCAAGGAAUACAGGAGCCCUCCAGAAGCUGGAAAAGACAAGGAAUGCAUUCCUCUCCUAGAGUCUCCAAAAGGAACUGGAACCGCAGACAUCUUGAUUUUAGCUCCUUCAAACUCAUUUUGGAUUUCUGACUUUCAUAAUUGUAAGAGAAUAAAUAUGUGUUAUUUUAAUUCA